AGUAGUAGAGCAGCGUGCCGAUCAGCAGGCUCCACCACCGCUGGGGAACAACCGCCUUUUGUGUUCCCCCCGCUGCAGUGGGGGGAGUGCAUUUACCGUCGCGCCCAAGGGGGGGGAGAAGCCAAGAAGUAUCCUCCAAUCAGCCGUCAGUGAUUCCUCUCAUCUUGUGCUGGUGCUGAUGGUGAUUUAUCACUGGCCUGAGCCGGGCGCUGCACUCUUGCUCACUCUACACUAACCACCUGGAAUACUCAGCAUGGUUUUUAUUUCUUUUUCUCCUGCACAAAGACUCUCCUGUGGAUAUUUCAGGGAAAAAAUGACCAGAGGACAAAAGGAGAAUUAAAAUGGACUAACUGACUGCUGCUGAACAUGAAAUGCCUUUUUUUUUUCCUCUGCUGCAGACUGAAGAUGGACUAACUUUUACAAGUGCAUAGAGGAAGAUCUGCUUUACCUCUUUUUAGACAAAUCUAGCACUUCUGGAGCCACUUGAUAACAAGAAGGGGAUAAUGAUGGCAGACUAACCAUGUAGGAGUGAGACACGGGCAGAUAGAGGUGUGUGUUAAGGUGGGGGUGAAGCACACCUGCCUGCUGAGCACGUCUGACACCUCGAUUAGCGCCCGCUCUCUAGAGUUUAGUCUUUUCCCAACUUCCCCCCUGCGUGCUUGUGUGCAGGUGUAAAUCUACAAGUGUGUGUGUGUCUGUGUGUUACAAGCCAGAGUUUGGAAUUGCACCAUCUCUGGGAGGAUACAGGUGUAGCAGAGGCUUUGAAUGGGGAUUAGCAGCUCUAACAGCUUGUCACUGGCAGCACACAGGGCGAUGGACCUUUUAGACAAGACUCUGUGCCUGUAGUUCUCACUGGGGGGUUUAAGAUAAAGGUUUAGCGAGGAUGAAAUGACUCAAAGGAGGAAAAAGGGGACAAGGAGAAAGGUAUUUGAUAGAUAUUUGUUAGCUUUCUCUUGAUCUUAGACUUUUAUAUCUAUGACUGGGGCUAUUUAUAGACACUGGACAAAGACAAUUAGUAUAUUAGCACAUGUGGGGGUGUAAAGGCGAGCUGUGAGGAAGUUAAUUCUCAGUUUGGGUUACAAAAACACCCAAAUAGGUCACAUUUCUUGAUGUUUUUUGGUUAACUUUUUGUGAUAACCAUCUUUGAUCCAAUCGGCACACUAUCCAAUCGGUCCAUUAGGUUGGUUUGGUAUUGAUUUUUCCGCCGUUAGGAUAGAAUCAUGUCUGAUCCCUGCUUAAGAGGUCACUAAUUUAAUUAUAAUCCGUCAUUCGCCUUCAACCUUGAGCAGUCAGAUUGAGAGUGCUGAGUCUGCUCUAAACCGACAGGAUCAAUAGUUGAAUACUUGUCAUGAUAUCUGACAACACAUCGGCCAAUCUGAUGUAGUCGUCUAACAGUUUUGAGGUGUUUUGUUUGCACAUCCUGAGAGGUUUUAAAGGAAAUCAUUCAUUUUACUGUAAAUUUGGCAGCUUUUUUGUGUGUAUAUUUCGCUGCAUAUGCAUGUGUACAUCUUUUAUGAGCUUAUCUUAGCUGCACAGCAAGAGCUUCUUUGAUCCCAGCUAAUGGUGUAGUGGGCAACACCUUGCACCAAAUCAGGAAAUACCCUUUUAACAAUGCAUUGAUUCUGAAGUGCACGUCUACAGCGGCGGGGAAGCGAGUCCUGACAGCGCUCUCGGGAGGAAAAGUUAUCUCUGCAGACACACUCAGCAGCAAUCCUGGAAGGCAGAGUAAGUGUGAAGCUCAGUGUGGGAGAGAGGAAAGCGGGAGGAGAAACAGGCGGCCGGGCAAGUUCUUUGAAAGCAGCAUUUGUUUGUGUCUACUUUGUUCAAAGAGCAUCGCUGAAAGAGAGAGACGUUUGGAGGUUUUUAGCGCUGUGAGUGGACAAAACUCGGGAACAGCGUUGGGGAGUUCAGGCUGAGUCUUCUACCUGCAGUUUCAAGCAUUAAAGCACAAAACAAAAGCAGCGAGGAACACCUAAACAACCAAACACCAUGAGCACAGACCAGCAGGACUCUUAACGAAACCUUUUCUCAAGAUGCAAGACCGCCGUAAAACCAGAAGAUAAUGAGCACAUGAACAGUAAAAAUCAAGAUUAUUGCCUGCAAUGGGAACAGAGACAAACACAUGGUCCUGCAGCUGUGAAACUACCUGCACAUUUAAGUCCCCCCUGGAUUAUGAGACUUGAAACUAGGACGAGAAGAAGAGAGCUGACACACCCUAACAAGCUGCGAGUCCAUCCCCUGCACGGAUGUGUUACUCUGAGGAGGAGUAGUGUAGUAUACUCCAGCCCUGUGGAUGAGGGUGGGGCUCUCCUCACACUGCCACAGACAAAGACCCCGAUAAAGAGACGACUAGAGUGAAAAGUGCUUAUCAGGGGCAGUUGUUUGGACCUGCACAGUCCAGCACCGUGUCAAAAAGUCACGAUGGGGUGCAACAUGUGUGUGGUUCAAAAGCCUGAGGAGCAAUACAGGGUCAUGUUCCAGGUGAGCCUUCUCUCCUCCCUCCACUUUCUUUUCUUCCUUUUUUCUCGAGUAAAUCCUUUCUUUUUGUUUCCUCUCUAAGUUUUCAUUGUUAUCGUCUUUGACAAGCUCUUUCUUACUGUGACUUUGUGUGAGAGUUGUGAUGCUUCUCUUUGCAGCAACAGGCAGACGUACCCAGGAGGUUUUCAUGUUUGCAAACUCACUUCAUCUCAAACCAUUUCCACAACAAAAACCUUAAAAAUCAGUUUUGAAUAGGUUACAAAUGCAUGUAGUUAUUCACACACUUGUUUUUGAGUGGAUAGAGCAGAAAACUGGGAGAAUGAGUGGGGAGUGACAUGCAGGUGAGGGGCAGCAGGAUGGCGUUGAGUCUGGGCAGCCUUUUUGAGGAUAGCAGCCCCUGUACAUGGCAGCAAGAUAAAACUACAAUGCCACAGUGUCUUGGGAAGUUAAAAUUAAGCAAAACCAUCAUACCGGCUAUAAUUAAUAUCUAAAAAACAUGGCUGUAGUAUUUUUGACUUCACCCUUUGGUUUCCAGACGCCACACUGGAAACACAAAUUCAACCAAACUCUUGAUUGACACAUUAGGCAAUGAGGUGGAGCUACAAACAGCUACAAUGCGCCCACAUAUCAGUCAAGUCAGUCACACCUCUGGUUAUUCCCAAGAUCCAUAAUUCAUAACCUUAAUAUCCUCAAAACGUAUGAGUUCUCAAAAUAGACAAAAACAUACACACACAACGAACCAACAAAGAAACAGGGGAAGACAGGAACCAUAUAUACUCAGGGAAACGAGCAACGAGAGGCAGGUGAGACGCUGAGACACAGGUGCAGACAAUUACAGACAGACUAUAUGUACAAGGAUGGACGACUACAAAAUAAAACAGGAAACACUAAAAACUGAUAUAAAGAAUAAAACACUGAGAACAUGAGGGAAAUGGGGUUGAACACAAACUAAAAGCUCACAAGACAAGAUCACAGGAACAAAUGGGAACAGAAACACCAGGAAAAACACACAGAAAUACACUCAAAUAACAAAACCAGUGAAAAACUAAAUUAACGGACCACAUCAUGACACAGUUCAGUUCUGGGGUUCUUGGCACUUUUGCAUUGGCUUCAUUUUCCAACACUGAAAUUAGCCCUUUGACUAUGCCAAGGUCCUGAAAGAUAUUAUGUUAAAGAUGUUGCUUCCAAGUGCAGAUUUAUGAGCAGUUAAAAAAAAGCAGAUGACUGAUUUGGCUGCAUAUUUAGUGAAUUUUAAAGCUUAAAUAAAGAUAAAUAUUUUCUGUAUGGACUGUAAUCCAAUAUACCACCAUUAAGGCAAUUCAAAGGUACUAAUCUAUACAUAAACAUUUACAUAUUUACUAUGGAUUACUGCUCAGCUAAUGUAAACUUUCAUUACUAACUUCCUCCUGGAUAAAGUGCACAAUGACACCAUUUCUAAAGCACCCCAAACAUCAUCUUCCCACAUCCAACUAAACACUCAAACACCUUUAUUUUAGCACUAGGUCCUUUAACUUUUACCAACCAUUUAAUUAGUCAGCCUCUGAGUAAAUCAUGUGAUUAAACCAUGACAGUGAUGUUUCAUCAAUGAAUGAAGUUAAUUAGUUGAGUCAAAGCAGCGGACGCAUAAAACACGACUGAUAAGUUUAAUAGGUACUUCUCAGAUCAUGAAUCACGUCUCACUUUUUCAGACUUGGCAUGUAUGCAUGAGCUCGGAAAAGCAAGUGUAAAACACUCUGUACCUCUCAAGCCAGGAUAUUAAUGGCUUUAUUAAAUAAGCCAUUCAGUGAUACUAAUUCAGAUAAUUAUGAUAAUGAGUUGUCACUGUGAUUAUGAUGAUAAUGAUCAGAGCGGGGCUCAGUUACAUAAUAUAGAGCGAGAACGUUGAGGAAGUGAAGUGGUGCAGAGCUUCAGAGGCAGCAGUUUGGUUGGCUUGUUAAAGCCUGGCUAAAGUGUUAUGAGAGAGAGAAGGGUUGCCACGGUUACAGCCUCAGUACCACCUGCCAACUGGGAGCACAGACCGAUUGUGAGUAAGCUCAUCUGGCCAUGUGGCGCCUGAGGAAGCUCCUGCUCGCUCGGUGACUCGAUGAUGCAUGCGGUGACCAAAAUAAAAGUCACACGCUUACUAAGCAUGAGGAGCGCUCAGCACUCAUGGGAAUGCAGAGCAACACUUUCAGUAUCUGUGGCACCAGGAGCCUCAGAUGAGUCUCUGAAGCAUGCUGGAGUCCGGUGUUUGAGCCUGUGAACUGGGCUUCAUCUGGUGCCAAAACAUGAGCGACAGUGUCCAAAACCACAGGGAGGGUUGACAUGACAGCGCCCCAAGAGUGAAGCCAAAACUCACUAGAGGAAAUGCAGUCUUUAGCCUUUCAGCAUUGGCCUCAUUUUUCAAGACUGGAAGUUUCUGCCUUGUUUUUUGCGGCUGUAAAUGGGGUCUGACACCAAGAUUGAUAGCUCUAUUGACGAGUGCUGCUUUGAUGGUGCUGAAGGGAAACUUAAAGGGAUAUUCCGGCAUAAAAUUAAGUUAGGGUCAAACACACCGUAACACCGAGUUAGACACCCCGUCAAAGAUGAAUGUUGCCGACCGCUUGCUUCUCUAGUUAUACCAACUUAUUAACGACCACACAACAGCAAUACUCAGCGGUCUGAGGUGCCAUAAACAAACCUCAACCAAAAAGCCACUCUAUAGCCACAAAUAAUGCUCAGAACAGCACCUAACUUCAUCAACAGUACAUAUAGGGUCCCAGCCAUAGUACAUCUUUUUAACUUUGCCUGAUUUCUUUAGCAAAGAGAUUAAACACAACUCACCCACACUCUUCCAGCAGCUGCUUGUUUGAAGCGAGACCUUGGGCCAGACCAUUACGGACUACAGCGGGGUGACGCAGCUCAAGGAAGAACAUUUAUGAUCAUUUCUUCAUGGAAAUACAAUCAGACCGAGAUGCUAAGGCAGAAGAACUACCGCGUCUGCAGUGCAAAAUGAUUAAUAUGGUGAUUAUUACUUCAAGGAAAUGAUAGAAAAAUGAUCAGAAAUGUUCUUCCUUGAGCUGCGUCACCCCGCUGCAGUCCGUAACAAACAAGUGGCUGCUGGAAGAGAGUGUGUGAGUUGUGUUUAGUCUCUUUGCUAAAGAAAUUAGGCAAAGUUAAAGAGAUGUUUGGUGGCUAGGACCCUAUAUUUACUGAUGACAAAGUUAGGUGCUGUUCUGAGUAUUAUUUGUGGCUAUAGAGUGUUUUUUUGGUUGAGGUUGUUUGUGGCUCCUCAGACCGCUGUGUAUUACUAUCCUGCAGUCGUUACUAAAGUUUGUAUAACUAGAGAAGGAAGCAGUCGGCAACAGUCAUCUCUCGAGGGGGUGUCUAACUCGGUGUUACGGUGCGUUUGACCCUAAAUUAAUUUUAUGCUGGAAUAUCCCUUUAACCAACUCUUCCAUAAGAGUCCCUGAACUUAAUCUGAUCCCUCAUGUGCAGAUCACCAGCACAAGACAAACUAUCCAUUGUGCAUCUUACAGUAGGGCCCGGACAGAAGCCUGACAAGGAUUUUAGAAGGAACUAUGAUUAGGAAACUGGAAAAAAAUAAAAUAAAUCAAGAGAGAAAGAAGGACCUUUUUUUCAGUCCAUCUUUUUCUGCCUGUAGACACCAAAAGUAAUUGAUUCGAGCCAUCCACAGAGCAGGGGUGAAUUGAAAAAGGCUUGAGUGAUUUCACAAUUCCCCAGGGUGGAAAAACCUAAAGAAAACAGGAGCGAGGUGAUGUCUGUGCAGUCAGGUGAUCAUAAAACACAGAGCAGGGCUGCUGCGUGCUGAAAUCAAUGACCUGAUCUAACCAGGACUGGCAGUAAUGACACUCUAACACAUGCAGGUCAACCUCUUCAAACAUGGAAAUCAAAUAAAUUCAACUGAUCUUGCAACUGUGAGGUCAAAGUUUGCGCCCCAAGGAUCUGUCGUCCAUGAAACACUUUCAAGGCCUUCAUGUGGCUCACAGGCGGGCGUGGCUGUGAGUAAAAUACAGUCUGUUGAAUGAUUCGGCGCACACAGAGGAGUUGUCAUGUUAUAUGCAAAGCUACAGCGUGAACGGUGGUUAGGUGGAGGCUAGAGCAUGUACUUUGGGGUGGUGAAGCAGCAAGUCUGCAUAUAUUCUGGUCUGGUAAGCCUGAAAAUUCAGCACAGAGGAGCAUGAGACACGAGUGAGAAGAAACGCAGAUGGAGCUCUGAAUCAGAGCCACAGGAUUUGGCUUUGAGAGGAAGACGAGCACAUUGAACAGAGAAUAUUCAGUUGUUGAAACCUGGAAGUCUCAGCCUGAGCUGGUGUCUGUUUCGCUGCAGAAGAACAAUAAUAUAUUCAUUUCUAAUGUGUCUCCUAUGCAAAAAUGCAGUCCGAAGAGAGAAGACAUGAUAAAAUAAGACGCAACUUUAUGAAUCUGAAGGAAAUUUUUAUGUAGGCCCAAAUUACAGCAAGUCAACUAUGUGUGGCUUUAUAGUCGACUUAUAUACUGUAAAAUUUAAAUAUAUAAAGAAGGUUUAAAGAAGGUAAAAGUAACAGAAGAAAGAUGAAGUUUUGACAUUGUCAGUAAUACUAACAGUAAAGGUCAUUACACACCGGGACCGACACAAAUAUACGACACGAAAUAACGAAACAUUCUGAGGCGAAUUUUGAUGCGCCUGACUAUACACAUCAAGCGCAAUGCGAUUUUGCGACUUUGCGACAACGCGUCCCGGGUUGAAGCGAGAAGACUGACACAACAGCAGACUGACUGUUUUUCAGUUCUGAUUAGACUCUAGUGUUGAGAUGUCUGUCUGUCAUGAUAGCAUGUACUGAGUUGAGGCCAGUACCAGAUAAGCACAUUAAACUAUAAUCCAUAAACGUAAGGUAACAGCCGAGACCUAAUGGUGCUGUGACAGCAACGAGAUUGAGUUUGCUGUACAGGUUAGCUUAUGAGCAAAAGUUACUUAGCACAGAUGAAAGUUUAAACAAAGAUGUUUAUCAAACUGUUAAAGCACACAAACCAUCCUUCAGGUCGUUAUCUUUGUAAUAUUUGUGUUUUUUUAUCAAAAAUCACUCUGUUCUCCGAAACGUAAACAAUCAGCUGGUCGGCUAUGUUGGAUAUACCGGUGAAUCAGACGUCGCAACAACAUGCAAUCUGAUUGGUCAGAAGAGGACACACAGUAUGCAAAAAAAAUAAAUGCUGCAAUAUCGCAGGACUGGAAAACAUCGCCAAUGUGAACGCUUGUAUUGACAGGAUACAGGUUCGAAAAAAAAUACUGACAUCCAAAAUAAUCGCACGAAAAAAACACUCCCGGUGUGAAGGGAGCUUUAGACUGAGAGGUGGUAAAACCUUAAAUAGCACCAUAGAAGAAAGUGAGAUAUCAUACGACAGACUGACUGUCUACAAUAAUAAUUGAAAGGUGUAUUAGGCAUGAUGUUUAUAUGCAGUUUGGAUCAGUGAUUCUUAAAUGAUUAAAUAACAGAAUAUUUUGUCAUGAAAGGAAAGGCAGAGUAAGCCUCGACACCCGAUCCCUUAUCAGUCUGUUUGAUUUCCGAAUAUUUUAAGUUUUUCAAUAACUUCUGUUCUUUUUUUAUUUUCUAGUGGGGAGAAAUUGUAAUUGAUGAUAAAAAAUAUACCUAAACUACUUCAAUUUUUAAAAGUAGUUGUAUAGAUGAAUUAAAUGUCAGUAUUUCCCAAUAAUGUGGUAAAGCUGAUUUGAAUAAAAAUGCAAAUUCAACAGAUAUGCUUUCAACAUAGUCUCAAAGAUUAAGAGGGCUUCUCAGGGUAAGAUGAUCUGUAUGUAAACGGAAAAGCAACUACAGGUUACAUGCUGUUUAUUUCAACAUGAGAGUUAAUCCCAGUUAUUACAUAUAAUGAUCACAAAACACCCAAGUCUUGCUGUGCAGAUGGCUGAUUAAUCCACAGAACAUGCCAGCAGAAAGAUGGAGGUACACUGUGUCCAAUCAUUAAAAAACCAUCAUAAAAGAGGAAACAUAAUUACAUUUCUGUGCACAUUUCAUGGUUUUUCGCUUUGGUGGUUUAUGGCUUUGGGGCUGUUUUUCUUCAACUAAAGAUGUUUAAUCACACCCUCAAAUUAGACGCACCCUACUGAGCCACUGGUUUUACACAAUGAAUACAGUUUUAAACAGCUUGCAGUCAGUACCCAGUCUGGAAAGUCAGGCUGUUAAAUUUGACUUUGUUAAAACACUUGGCUCACACCAAAGGAAGGAAAGUCAUGCAUUAUAUAUCGAGCCAUUGCUGCACAUACCCUGCAUGCUGGUGGUUGGUACACACCCAUUGGCAUGUGUCUGAUCAAUUGUGCCUCCUUCAGACCCAAGAACGAAGGAUUAGGUUGAUGAAUAACAGACUCUGUAAUCAGCUUUUAAUCACAUUAACCUUUAAAAAGGUGGUAAAUGUAGAUUUUACAGACAUUUGAAAGAGUACCUGACCCACGCAGUCAGAAGCACAGACACAUACGGCAAACCUCUGCCCCCCCUGAGUCCCUCAGCCACUCCCUUCUUCUUUCUCUCCCUGUCACUGUAAAUGCAGGAGACUGUUUCCAUGGCAACCAGCGUCACUAAACAAAGUAAAUGUGCUCCUGCUCGGUGACACCAAGAAACACGCUGACGGAUAGAAAAGGCAAAGAGACGACGAUCGAUACAUACAAAUGACCGGCUAAUGAUGACAGAACGAGAGUGACAGACACAGAAACCUACACGUGAUCAAACACACCGAGGUUUUAGAGAAUAAAAAAAAUCCCAGAUAGAAAACUGUGAGGGCUCAGCAGACACUACAGCCACAAAACACAGCUGUACUGGUAUUAUAUUGUGUCACAUUUACAGUAAAUACAGUGUUUAUUUGUAGAGAAGUAGAGUGCAUUUAAAGAAUAUUUCCUCUUUUUGAGCUGAAUUAUCUUCUUCUGGCAUCCUGGUAUUUCAUGUUUACAUAUUGUAUUUUAAGUAAUUUUCUCAUUUCUUUAGCUUAAAUUAGGCUUAAGUUGAAAUUUUGUGUUUUUCUUGUUCUAUAAAAACACAUUUGGUUUCAACUUUGCAUGUAAAGUGCCAUACGACUAAAGCAACUAUUAUUACAGUCAAUCUUAUGUAAUUGCAACUGUGUUUGUUUACAUUUCUAAAAAAAUGUCUUUUGGUUCUCUUAGACCAGCUAUGGAGACCUCAAAGAGUUAGGGCCUGUGUCCACUUACUGCAUUAUUUACUCUGGAGACUUCACAGAGAUAGGGCCUGUGUCCACUAACUGCAUUAUUUACACCGGUAGCACCUAUUGUCUUUACAGGACUAAUGAAAUUCAACAUUGUCAGCACUAUUUUCCCAAGACAGACAUCACUCUCACUGUCAGCAGUUUUUGUUGAUGCACUUUCAUUUGAAUGUAGCGCAACAUUGCAAAGCCCCUGCGUACCUUAAUGUGAAUUAUCUGUUGCUGGCUAAUCAAAAUCAAAAGAGGGCGGAGCUUCUGAUAUCAAUCUAAUCGACAACAAUGGAAGAGAUUUAUAUUGGAUGAGAAACUAACCGCAUUUACUUUACUCAUGAGUGCAGUUCUGAGGACUAGAGCUGCUGCUAAUGCUGCAAUACUUCUUAAUUGAUUGCCAUGCAUUUCUUUAUAUGCUUUCUUUAAAUAAUUAAUUGAAAAAAAUAAAUAUAUUGUAUACAGAAGGGUUUUAAUUGGACUGAACCGUCAGAGCUAUAAAAGCAGAAGUGUGAUGGAAUUUUUUUCACAGCCUGUUUGCAGGUGAGUGCGCUCUGAAAAAGAGGCUAUAGGUACUUCAGCUCAUAAAUUGCUGUCAGUGGACACAGGCCCUUAGCGUCCUAAAAAUCUGCCUGCUUUCAGCUACAAUUUAUUGUGAUAAAAUCGUUUUUUAAAAGACUUUUCAUGUUAACACAUUGUUUAUCAAUUCUGCUUAAUGAUAGGUAUUAUACAUACUUUGACUUUCAUGGAAAACUAAAACCUUUCAAUGUUUAUUAAGAAGAGGACUAAUCUGAUUGGCUCCUAUCUUCUUUUACUAUGUAAAAAAACGAUUGUACUAAUUAAUUAGAUGGGAUAAUUAUUCCCUUUGUGCUCAUUGGAUUUUUUAAUUAAUGUCAGGGAUGCACUGGUUCUCCUUGGUUGAAGAGCAGCUAUAGAGGACAUUAUAUAUGUGUGUUUUCGUGUAUGGUGAGGUCCUUUCCCUUGCAGACCUCUCAGGCAUGGAGACGAGCGCUCUCAUUAAAUAAGACAGGAGUGACAGUAAAAGAGAGGGCGAGGGGAUUUAUAGUAAGGUCCUAGAGGCUUUGACAUGCUGCUUUUUUACAGACCUAUUCGCGCUCCUCCACCAACCCCGAUAAAAACACAUCUACCAAUAAUUCAUCCUUUGUCCGAACAGAUGAAUGCAUCGACAAAAGACAUAUUUAUAGACUCCAUACUCCCUCUGAGGCUUGUUAGCUACAUUGCUGUCCUUCUGAAGAAUACUUCAGCUUUUGAAAUCAAUACCGUCUCACGGAUCAGUUUAUAAUACAGUCGGCCCGACUCUCCCCUGCUUGUCUAUUUAAAUUAACUCUCUGAUAUCAAACAUCAGGGGUUAGAGCCAGAGCAGGUCAACUCUGUCUGCAGAUUAAUUGAUUUUUCUGAAGUGAUGACUGCUUCUAGCUUUUCAAAGCAUGGGAGAUGAGAAAAAUCAAUUACCGAACAAGUGGAAUUCAGAGUGUUUGGGGGGAUGGAUGCGAGAGGUUUUGCAUAAGAAGCGCAGAAAAUAGAGAGAAAUACGAAAAUUGGAGAGGAAAAUACUCCCCGCAAGAAUAUAAAAAAGAUGAAUAUCAUGAUUGUUUGUGUAUUUUUCCACUCACUGAAGGGUGUGUGUGCGUGUGUGUAUUAUUAAUUAAGCCGUCACCUUAAGAUUUUUUCCCCCAUCUCAGCCUAUUAGCACAGGAGAUUCAUUUGCUCUUUAAGGGGCUUUCAGAUAAAAACUAAUUAUUCAUCAACCACUUAGGGAUUUCCCAUGAGCCUUCAUUGUGCAUGUUUUCGCGUACAAGUCCUAAACCCGGCGCAACACAUGUUCGCUCUCUAUUUACAUUCACUUCCUUCAAAGCUUGUUUUCUGCAUCUCUCUUUCAUCCCCUCUCCUCAUCUCCUUCCCUCCUUGCUCCCUGUGCACUACCCCAGUGUCUCUCCUCCUUUGCUUUCUCUCUCUCUCUCUACACUUUGAACUCUUUACAUCUCUUUCAUCUCUCACCCCCAUCCCCACCCUCAGCUCCUCGGCUGCAGAAACCACCGUCUCCCGCCCCCUACUGCGACUAGUUUUCUGAAUUUCAAUAACACAAAUAUACUAGUAAGGGUGGAGCGAGUGUGCGCGCCCAUGACUUCAUUAUUUUUGUUUUGUUGCCGAUAAAAAAGUAGCUGCACUUAAUGACCUACUAACCCAGAGAUAAUAGAAAACAGCACAGUUUAAGAGUUUAAUGGAUUCUCUGUCAAAUCGAAGCUGAAAAGCGGCCCAACACACAACAACUAUUACCCCUGCAUUAAGACAUCUUCAAAGCAAUCCCAGCACCUCUCAUUGAUAAUGAAUGAGAAACCCCCAGCCUCUCUGCUCUCUCAGUAUUCAUACCUGUCACUCAUGGCCGCAGAGCUGCUCCCUAAUAGCCUCUUUCUCUGACCGUGGAGACAAAUAGUGUUUCCUGUCCAACAACAAGAGAAAAAAACACACUUUAAUGAAAGAUAUUAAAGGUGUUGUGCAUGUCCAAGAUGUAAACACAGGGUUUAUUUUUAUCGUCGCUAAUAAGCCGUGUGGAGAGGAAGCAUCUUAUUUUUCUCCAGGUGAGGAAUCUCAUUAAGAAGGACAGCUAAGAUUUAUGGAGGAACAUUAGAGAGAGGAAGGACAAACACACAAGGAGAAGAGCCAGCUGAAAAAGACAGAGGAGAGCGGUGUGAGGAGUCAUCUCGAGGGAAGCGACAGAGCAGACAGAACUGCUGAGGCUGCAUGGAGAGAGAAAAGCUGAGGAAACAGGAGAAGGAAGGAGCAGAGAAUGGAAACACAACGACAGAAAAGGGGGGAAAAAAAUCGUGUUGGUGGUGGAACGAGGGAACCAGAUCAAGCAGGGGGCGAAAAACGGCGAGAAAGUUUUCUUGCUUGGCUGCACAAGGGAACAUUGAUUUGACAUGCAAUUACUGGAAAGGGGGACGAGAGGAGCGAGUGGGAGUGGGAGAAUGAAGCGAGAGGGUAAAGAUGUGGAGAGUCACAGACAGCCAAGGUCAGUGACUGUGUAACAUGAAUGAGACUCUACCAAGGCUGUCUGCUUCAGUAAACGCCUGUUACUAUCACUCACACAUGAGAAGCAGCAUAUCCUUGUCUGCCUUCUGCAACAAAUCAAGAGGGUCUAUGAUUUCUGAAAACUAUACUCUUAUUAAAGUGACUGAAUCAUCCACCUUUCUUCAUCUAUCCACUGACUUACUCUCUCAAUAAAGGCACAAAAACCUAAUCUGGAAGACUAACCUGCUGAACGAGCUGCUGGUUCAGGAUUUAGUCAAAGUCAUUCGGAUCCAUCCUCUGGGGAACGUGAAUAUCUUUGCUAAACUCUGUCUGUCUGAUGUUUGAGGAAAGUCUUGCCUAAAGCAGUUGACCGACCAUCCGCUUAUAUCCACGGUGAUAGCAGGACUAAAACCGGCGAACGCAGAAAUAAUCUUUAUCCCUUUGGUUUGUGAGAAGUUCUGCCCGACCUAACCUGGAUUAUUUUGGUUCAGUUACUCCGAUGUCAAAUCCCCGCGCUGCUUUCAUUCCUCUUCAGAUACAUUUUCAAUUAAUCUGAAUUAUUAAUGGCUCCUUUCUUUCUUUCUCUCCUUCUUGCUGUGAGAAGCAGAAAUCGUGGGUGUGACGCCAAAUCAUUUGGCAUAUCAAAGUAGGUGGAUGAAGGAAAAUUAAGAUUCAGAAAGAGACUAAAAGAGACCAAAAAAACACAGAAAAAAACUAAAAGACUAAACUUGAAACAACAAAAACUUACUUUAAGGGGAAAAAAAUCAAACAAAAAACCAACAGAAGAGUAGGGACUCACAGAUCGAGUGUCAGGCAGACAUACAGACACAAUGAACCAACAAGGACAGAGGGGAAGACAGGGACUAUAUACACACUCUGGUUAACGAGCAACAGGUGAGGCAGACACAGGUGCAACUCGUUAGUGAUUAACGAAGGAGGGAAAACUAGGGAAGUAAAACCAGACUAGAAACACAGGGAAUCAACUACUACAAAAUAAAACAGGAAACUGAAAACUAAUCUAAAGAAUAAAACACAUAAAACAUGAGGUAAACAGAGUCAAACACAAACUGAAAAAUACACUUAAAUAACAAAACUAGGGAAAAACUAACCAUACCAUGACUCAUAUAUUGAAUAUGUGUUUCUUGUUGAACUACCUCUACUUGUGUCUUUUAUUAACUUGAAGCCUUUGCCACUUUGUACCAGUUCUCCGGCUGUAAUUUCCUCCUAACUCCACUUUCUUUCCUUCUCUUUCCACAGAAGGGUCAGAUAGGCAACAUGUUGUGCUCUUUUGACGCAGACGGUCGAUUAAAGGUCUCAGUAUACAGCUUUCUGCUCUGCUGCUUGGUGUGAUGUGCUGUCCGAACCUUUUAGAUUAAAACCUGUUUUUUUUUCCCCUUGUCUCUCUGUCCCUGUAGAAACCCUACAAACAGUCAGAUACACUUCUAAGUGUGCUGAAGUGCAGCUUUUCUGUUGACUAACAUAGCUUAAGUCUUUGUUUUAGGUGUGUGUAGAUGUAGUUCCCCCUCUUUUCCUUAUGUUUUUGUCAAUUAACCCUGAUGUUGAACGCUCUGCCCUUUUUCCUCUGUUACAUGUGAACCCCCAAACACACCUCUUUGCACCUUCACUCCUCUUAAACCUCCUUUUCCUCCCCCGUUAUCUAAUCUUCACCGUCUUCAUUUUCCAGGUGAAUGGAAAGGACCUGUCCCGUCUUUCUCAGGAUCCCACCCUAGACAUACGGGACCCUGUGCUGUCCAGCAUACUGCGGCGUGGGGCCCGCAGACGUGCAGGCCUAGCAGGAGCCCCUGGAGCGCCGGUGCCGUUGACCAUGGGCAUGGCGGACUGUGUAGACAGCUGCACCCAAACAGACAUCAGCUUCCAGCAUAUGUUGACUCUGGGAAAGAGCAGCCAGCAUCCCUGCGGAGCGCCGCCCCCGCCCGACCCUCCGCCGUCCCCUCCUCUCCCACCGCUGCUGGAGCCGUACCUCUUCAAUGAACUGUGAGUGGGGAAAGUGUAAUCAGCCAACUGGCCGACCAGAACUCAUCCACCAUCUUGGAUCUUGUCCACGCCAUUCAGCUCAAACAUUUGUGGUUUUUGAAGCUUUCCAAACUUUCUGAAUGUUCUCAUUCUCAGCUUCACAGAGCCCGUCUAUUAUGACCCCACCGACUACUUUGAUAUCACCCAGCAUGAAGUGGACAGGCAGGAUGAGCUGGAGUAUGAGGUGAGGGUUUAUAAGCUGCUUUUAGUCCGUUUCAGACAGCCUUCCCACUGUUCUUUGUCCUUAACUCGAGCUUUUUACUGUUUCUGCUGUAGGAGGUGGAGCUGUACAAGUCUCGUCAGCAGGAUAAACUCGGGCUGACAGUGUGUUACAGAACAGACGAUGAAGAGGAUCUGGGGAUAUAUGUGGGAGAGGUAGAGACACUGUAAUGAAAAAGAUUUAAGAUCACACUUUCACACUUUGAGACACAUCAGCAAUCUACCUCUGUCCUUUUCUUCAGGUAAAUCCAAACAGCAUCGCUGCCAUUGACGGACGAAUCCGCAAGGGAGACAGAAUACUACAGGUACAGGUUUCUUUAUGGCAACAGUUGAAGCAAUGAAGCAGGAGAUAGAAACCCAAACUGCCCCUCGCAAACAAGACAAAUAGACUCCAGAUUUGAGCGAACAAACUAAUUUUCCUCCUCUCACUGUUGGUAAAAAUAAAAGCUUUUAGCAUGAGGUCCCUAAGUGCUUUAAUAGAGUUUGUUGGUUUGUAUUUUAUAUUAACAUCUCCCUCAAUACAGGGCUUCUCAAACCAGCUGUAUAUCACCCCAACAGCCCACUCAUCGCUCAGAUCCAGCUCACUUCUUUUUUCCUAUUUUCUGCAGAAAUAAACUAGUUUAGUCAACAAGUUGUAACUGAGUUUGUCUUCUUCAGUUUGGAAGCACUCCUCUCUGCUUCGAAUUAGAAACAUUUCAGUCUAUAUCAGCCUCAUCUUUAUGUGUGGGAGCACAUGAGAGCUGAGAGGAGACCUUAGAUGUCAGGCAUCAUACCGAUUAAGAGAUAAAAACGCUGUUUACUGCAGAGCGAGCAGCUUUUAAACUAGAGUUUUCUCAUAUUUAUGAUUUUUAUUUUUACUUUGAUUUUUGCAAACUAACCCCUAAGCCAAGUUCUUCAUAUAUGAGUAAUAUUUGCUGAUAGUGCACCCUGCAGCCUUUGAGUAUCCUCCCAAGAAAUGUGGAGACUUUCACGGUUUGACUCCUCGAGAAAAAUCAUUUCCUGGAACCGGUAAUUUGAUUAAAUGUGGCCUCGGUGUAAAGGUUCUUCUAUUACCUGACAUUUACCGGUUUUAUUCUCCUUUUUCUCUGUCAGAUAAAUGGAGUGGACAUCCAGGACAGGGAGGAGGCGGUUGCUAUUCUCACCCGAGAGGACAGCACUAAUGUCUCCCUGCUCCUCGCACGGCCCGAGAUAGAGGUGAGGAAAUUAGAUAUUCACUCAUUAGGGAGCUCUUAGUCUGAAUACUGACCUAAAAAUGACUUUUUCUCCUCCUUUACUUAGAGAAAAAAUAGUUAAGUUACUGGGUAUGUGAAGAAGAGAGCUUAGUGUGGGUGUUUAAGCGCAAGAUUAAGAGGGAGGCGAGUCAGAGGUGUUUUGUUUAAGGAGGCAGAAAAGGAGAAAGAUGCAAAAACAUGAUGAGCGCAGAGAUAACACGCAGGGAGAGGCAAAGACAAAUCGCACUCCUGCUCUUGUGUUAAUGCGGCCACGCUUUGUUCGCCUCAAGGUCACUUUUCCAGCAGAUAUGAGGACAUUGUUAUGCCCCUCAAUAACACUGCUGACAGUCUACAACAAUAAAAAAACAUACAACUUAACAUAUGCUGCCCCGUUCGUAUUCAUUUUACUGCAUGCUAUUGUGAAAAUGAGCUGCAGAUGGAGGCAGAAUUUGUGAGGAUACAAAAAUCUGUAUGCUGGCUGCAUUUGCACAGAGAGAGAGCUAAAGGGCAGAUUUAAAAGGCACUCAUUAAAACGGUCUAAGUCAAACACACACACACACACAAAUAGCCUCUCCUCUGUUUCAAUACGUCCUUGUAUUUCAGAGAGAUGAUCACGAGCACUACCUGUGAGAGGCUGACAAGGUUUAUAUUGCAAAGGCAGCGGGUAACAUUGAAAUUCAAGUGAGAGAGGUGAAGACAGAGACUCAUCUGAGGGAAAUGCACAAGCAGAGAUUAAAGCUUGAUCUGUUGUCUUAGGGGAGACGGAGGAGAGAGAGAGAGAGAGCUGGAGGGAUUGAAGAAGAAUAUGAAUGACGAUGAAGAUAAUCAAUACGCGGUCUCAGAGUCCGCUCACAGUUUACGUUCAAAUCAAACCAAUUAGCUCAAGAUCAACCGAGCCCCAGUAGCGAGUUUCUGACUAAUUCAAGUUCAAGUAUUUAUACAAGCAGGAUCAACUUUUGAGGAGAUGGAGCUCAAAACAGCCGGGUUGUUAUUGAAAAGUGAGUUUUACUGCUCUGGAUAAAGGUUAUAAAAACCUCACGUAUCAAAACAUGUCUGUCAAAAUUCAAUCAAAGUCAUGAGAGGAAAAGUCAAAACAGAAUCUAGAUGCAGUUGCAGAGUAAAAUGUGACACAGCACUGCUGCCAUCUAGUGACAGAGAGAAGAACUACAUUUAUUUAUGCUCUGCACUCACGUUAAAACUGUUAUAAUAGGAUUUUUAUAUCAAUAAUGAAUGGAUGUGUAAAGUUUAAUGAGAACUCGCAGUGAUUGCCAAAUAAUUCAAAGGUUCCUGUUAAACUCUAAGACAGUUUUAUAGCACCGAACCCCAACUAAAGGAUAUUACAUGGAGUCUGCAAAUAAAGACGUCCCAAACUGACCCCCCUGACAUAACAGAGUGAGACAAACACCCUCCACUAGGGAUGCACCGAGCCGAUAUUUGGAUCGGAUAUCAGCUCUGAUAUUGAAAAAUUAACUGGAUCGGAUAUCUGACGAAUGGCGCCAAUCCAGCGUUCCAAUUUGUUGAGAAAUAAUAUUGAGUAAAUUUCUAUCUGUGUUAAUUUGUUACCUAUUUUUUUUAACACAGCUAAUGUCAAGCCUGAUGCCUUCACUCACAGGGAAAGUCAUACCGUUUAUUAAUCCAACAGUAGUAUUGGAUCGGUAUCGGAUUGGAUAAGAAAAUAAUGGAUCGGUGCAUCUCUACCCUACACUACCUCGAGGUGGUUAGACGUCGCUUACAGCUGCGUGAAAGCACUGACCAGCCAAUCCAACAACAGACUCAAGUGAAGCAAAAACCGCCAGAAAUCUCAAUAUUAUCACCUAAAAAGGCCAGAAUCUGAAAACUCAUUAUCUCAUGUUUGGAUUGUAGCCCCAAGUGGACAUAGAAUAUUUAACAAGCAGACACACAGGAGAUGUCUGUGUACGUCUGUGUGCAUCAUACUGGCUGAGAUACUUACCUGCUCUGCAGAAAAUUGGCCCCCGCCUGUGCUAAUGUUGCUGAAUUUCUUGAGCGUCUUUCUUUUGAGAAACUGAUGCUGCUCUGAAUCUGUCAGAAUCAGCUCAGAAGAUAAGGAUGCUUUGUUUAAAUGCUGAAACACAACGAAAAGUCAAAUCACAAAGAAGUUAACAUCAAUCUGUGUUUUUGUCUCUCCUUUCAUGAACUUCGCUUCUCCACCACAAUCCCGUCGAUUAAAUCCAACCCCCUGUGUCCUACACCCAUUCACACAUCAGAAUGAAAACCAACUGGACCAGGAUGAGCUGGACGUGGAGCCGCUUGAUAAUGCGGCUCACCUGCCCAGCAGCCACAGAGUGAGGAACAACACCUCCAUCCUGGGAGCAGGACCCAGCAGUGUCUCAAGUGGGGGUGUGUUGUGUAGUCACAGUCGCUCACUGAGCAGAGACUCACCUGAUUUGCUUCAGACGGUUCUCAGUAACAGUCAGGAGCUGGACAGCGGGGUGGGCCGAACUGAUGAAAGCACACGGUAUGAGGAGUCUUCAGAGCAUGACCUCCUGGGAGAUGACCACACCAGCGCCCCCAACACAAACGCCACCAACACGCCAGGAAGCAUGCGCAAGUUUCUGUCCAGCAGAGGGGACACCCCGCCUUUGCUGCACUCCCAGGACCUCCAGUUCAGCACCGACUCCCUCUUAGGGCUGGACUGUGUUAAUGGAGGAGGGCUGGAACAGGUGGAGCGGGCCUACAUGGCAGACCCCAUGAGGAUGAUGAUGCCCGGCCUGACAGAGGAGGAGUGUGAGAGGUACAAAGAGCUCCUUGAAAUCAAGUGUUACUAUGAGAAGAACUGUAAUGGUCUGCUGCAACAUGGAGGUCAGGGAUUGGUUCAGGAUCAGGGAGGAGUCUCCCUGGAUGUGAAUAGGAACGAGAGUCUGACACAGCACGAGAUGGCUCUUCUGGAGGAGGAGCUGCGCCACUUGGAGUUCAAGUGUCGCAACAUCUUGAGGGCACAGAAGAUGCAGCAGCUGAGGGAACGAUGUCUGAAGGCUUGGCCUCUGGAGGAGAAGAAUGGAGCGAGUUCAGGGGUCAGUGUCGGAGCUGGGCGCUUGGAGAUGAACGGUUCUUUGGUCAGCGAGGAGUCCUGUCACCACGCUCUGUCUGAUAUCAAUGAGCUCCCAGAGAGGGAGCGCUCAGACAAGGACAGCACCAGUGCCUACAACACUGGAGGGGAGAGCUGCAGGAGCACCCCUCUUGUUAAUGAACUGUACCCUUCACACUCUACACAGAGCCUGGAGAGAGGAGGAGGUGGAGAUAUGCAGCUUUCAACCUCCUCUAGACAAAGAGAGAGAGGAACCAGGGCUGAAAGAGGGGGCGAGGUACAAGCAAACCUCAACCAACCCUACACUUCACACUCUCACAAGAGAGGAACCGAAUCAAAGACAUCCAGCCCCGGAGCGAAGGCAAGGUCCUUGACCCGGGAUGCAGGAACAAGGAGGGGCUCAGAUGGAGGAGUGAGGCGCAACCCAAAAGCCAACGGGACAGUUGAAAGAAGCGGCAGUGCAGAUAACAGCCCGUACCUAUCCCGGCGUAGGACCGAAGAAAAGGCGCCUCAACGCUACCUGAGCUGCAUGCAGCUGAGGUCCCCCUCCACCUCUGAGCGGCUCUGUGGACCCCAAGAGGGUAGCAUUGAGAAUGGGGGCGAUGCCAGCCCCAUGAGCUUGGGCAGCACAUGUAAAGAUGUUUCCCAGACUCCAGGAGCCGCGCCCUUACCCAUGUCUCCCCCACUGAUGCCUGCCUCCCCUCGUAUGGAGUGGAAGGUGAAGAUCCGCAGCGAUGGCUCACGUUAUGUGGCCAAACGGCCUGUUAGGGAUCGCCUCUUGAAGGCACGAGCCAUGAAGAUCAGAGAGGAGCGCAGCGGCAUGACGACGGAUGACGACGCAGUGAGUGAAAUGAAGAUGGGUCGAUACUGGAGCAAAGAGGAGCGCAAGCAGCAGCUGCAAAAGGCCAGAGAGCAGCGGCGGCGCAGGGAGUUCAUGAUGCAGAGCCGUCUUGACUGUUUGAGAGAGCGGGAGAAGGAUCAGGGGAGCGGCGGCGCAGGACAGCCAGGGUCGACGAACCAACAGGAGCCCAACUCCAUCCUGGAGCUGUGCCACCGCAGGAGCAUGAAGAAACGCAGUCGGAGGAUCAUGGACAACUGGAUCACCAUCCAGGAGCUGCUUGCCCACGGAGCCAGGUCUGCUGAUGGGAAGAAAGUGUACAACCCCCUGCUGUCCGUCACCACAGUCUGAGAGAAGACGGGGGUAAAACAGUGCCAAAGUGAUUGAACAACCUGCUCUGGUGCAAAACAACAGACGGUGACUCUGACUCUUCCUCAGUUUGUUUGGUUGAGUGGACCUGAAGCUUAACUCCUGAGCCUUUUUCAUAACACUUUGACAGAAACCCGUUCCACUUUCCCAGAUUUAAAGCCACAUCACAGCCAACGCGCAGGACACAAAUAGAACUGUUUGGGUUUAGCAAGUUGAACUGGAGCACACGUUAGCAUUUUCAGAAGCUGAGAUGCGUCACUACUAAUACUGCGAGCUGGCACCACCUGCUGUCGAGCCAUUAUGGAAGUGGUGCACAGGUAAUUUUUUUUUCUUUCAUUUUUCUGAGAAGCAGAAUGAAGGAAAAUUGAGAGUUGAAGGUAAGAACGAUGCAGCUGUGAAAAAAAAAGCCACUUCUGUGCCAUAAAACUGUUUCAAGUCCACAAAGGACUUUGCCUAAAGACAUUUUCAGAGGAGCAAAUUGUGCGAUUUUAUGUGAUUACUCAUUCUUGCUGUGUUGUUGUAAAAAUGCUCCUGCGGUUCGACAAAGUGACGGCAGCUGCGCCAUUGUGAGUCCAGACGCUUUUGAUAACAAGCAGCUGAGCGAUGCCUUCCAUUCAGACAGAUGUGAGUGUACAUAUACAAGCACAGGUUUUAAAGCGACACGCAGAAAAGCUGGAGCUACUGAUGGGGAAAGCACAGAAAGAAAAAGGCACAAAUAUGGCGUAAAAAGCACAGAAAUCAUGAUUUGAUUUCAUUUAAAGUGACACAACUGCUGUUUAAAAACACAAUCUUUGAUUGCUCUGUCUGCCGCUGGAAAAAUUCAACUUUUGAGAUCAGCACGCAGGAGUUUUCCAGCACUGAUCAUGAACAUUCAGCUUUAUUCUGCUGCGAUUUUCCCCACGAUGUUCCUGUCAGAUCCAACAGCCCCAUUCUAGUUCAAUCACUUUUCUUUUUUAACCUGUGCUUUCAGAACCUACUGCUGUAUUAUCAUUUUAUAAAAACCUCUUUAAUGACAAAAUACCUGCUGACAGUGGUGUGAAUAAUUCAUAAAGAUGAACAAAAGCUGGUUUUUCAUUUUGGCGUUCAUGCAUGUUUGAUAUUCCUGCAGAAAUACUUUUUUUUUUCUAUGUAUUUAAAAAGCCUUUAACAUGCUGUAACCGUUGUGUCUCACACUCUUGUGUCUUUCUAAUAACUUGUUUAAAUACUAGCAUAGACGAAACAUGGUGUACUUCUUCAGUGUUGUGGUGUCCCGUGUCUGCCAUUUCACAGUGAAAGCUUUUCUAAAUAAAUUCAGUGAACAAGAGAACCA